GAAGAAGACUACUUCCUUCCUUCCUUUUUGAUUUUACCUUUCAAGUAAGUUUGUCGUGGCUUUGAUCAACUGGUGUCUAUUAAUUUGCUGAGAUGGGGGCCUAUCGGUACAUGCAGGAACUCUAUAGGAAGAAACAGAGUGAUGUGAUGCGAUACUUACUUCGUAUCCGCGUGUGGCAAUAUCGUCAAUUAACAAAAUUGCAUCGUUCACCCAGACCUACACGUCCGGAUAAGGCAAGGCGUUUGGGGUACCGCGCAAAGCAAGGGUUCGUGAUUUACAGAAUUCGUGUCCGCCGCGGUGGUCGCAAGCGUCCCGUUCCAAAGGGUUGCACAUACGGCAAACCAAAGAGCCAUGGUGUCAACCAGUUGAAGCCCUAUCGUUGCUUACAAUCAAUUGCUGAGGAACGUGUCGGCCGUCGACUAGGUGGCUUGCGAGUUUUAAAUUCAUAUUGGAUUGCUCAAGAUGCUUCUUAUAAGUAUUUUGAGGUAAUAUUGAUUGACACCCAUCACAGUGCUAUUCGACGUGACCCCAAAAUCAACUGGAUCUGCAAACAUGUCCAUAAACAUCGUGAAUUGCGUGGACUUACCUCCGCCGGUAAAAGUUCUCGAGGUAUUGGCAAAGGGUAUAGAUAUUCGCAGACCAUUGGUGGAUCAAGGCGUGCUGCCUGGAAACGCAAGAACCGUGAACACAUGCACAGAAAACGAUAAUUUGUAAACCUUAAUUAUUACAGGUUUAAUAAAAUCGUUCGAGCAUUUUUUAACGAUGUGCACCUUAA